UGUCACUUUCUUCCCACCAUUCUUUAUUUGCAACAGUUUUUGGGGGUAUUACCUCUACAGUCUACAUACCUUCCUGUCACCGAUAUAAAUGGUCACACGCUAAAUGUGUUUGCAAAUGAUCCCAAUACAGCAGGUGUAGUGUUCGUGACUCUCAUGUUCAACCUGGAAGGACUCCAUCGGAUGGCUGGGGCGGAUCUGACACCUUUUAUUCUUGAAAGCGAGGAAUAUAUACAUUUGUGGUGGAAAUGAAAAGAGAGAAUGAUUCUUUACUUGUGCUUGCGGUACUGUUACGAGCUGUGAGUCUCUCUUUGCUUCGUUGGUGCUGUCAUCUUGAGGUAACGCUGGCCUGUGCUGAAGAAAAAAACCAAUAUUUUAGUUACAGGCCUUGUUAGAUUUAUGGAGGACCUCUUAAUUUCUAGGCCUGGACAUAUGGUCAUGAAAAGAACACUGCUUUUAUUGAUUUUUUUAAUGCGGAUGCCAAUAAGUGUCAUGGGAAGGCCUGGGAAUGCCAGUGUUUCUUCUUCCAGACCGCAUGUUGUGAAUCUUGGAGCUCUGUUUACUCUAGAUUCAGUAAUUGGAAGGUCGGCAAGACCAGCAAUAAUGGCUGCCAUCAAUGAUGUUAAUUCUGAUUCGACUGUUCUUCCUGAAACAAAAGUGAACCUAAUACUGCGGGAUACAAAUUGCAGUGGAUUUGUUGGAACAAUAGAAGCUUUGCAACUCAUGGAAGAAGAUGUUUUUGCUGCAAUCGGGCCACAAUCCUCUGGUAUAGCUCAUGUCAUCUCCCAUGUUGCUAACGAACUCCACGUGCCACUUCUGUCAUUUGCAGCAACAGAUCCCACUCUAGCUGCACUGCAGUACCCGUAUUUUGUCCGUACUACGCAGAGUGAUUAUUUUCAAAUGAAUGCAAUUGCUGAUUUGGUUGAAUACUAUGGAUGGAGGGAGGUAAUAGCCAUCUAUGUAGAUGAUAAUUAUGGAAGAGGUGGGAUUUCUGUAUUGGGUGAUGCCCUGGCAAGGAAACGUGCCAAGAUCUCUUACAAAGCUCCCUUCACUCCUGACGCCUCCAAAAGUGAAAUUAAUGACCUACUGGUCAGAGUAAACCUCAUGGAAUCUCGGGUGUAUGUCGUGCAUGUAAAUCCUGACUCUGGCUUGAAAAUGUUCUCUGUUGCUAAAUCUCUUGGGAUGAUGAGCGGUGGCUAUGUUUGGAUUGCAACUGAUUGGCUUCCUUCCCUCCUAGAUUCAUCAGCAGCAGCUGACCCUAACACAAUGAAUCUCUUACAAGGGGUCAUUGCUCUUCGUCAUCACACCCCAGAUAAUGAUCUCCAAAAGAGUUUUAUGUCUAGGCUGAACAGCCUAAAAGAUAAAGACAGUGCAAGCUUCAAUACUUAUGCGCUCUAUGCAUAUGAUUCUGUUUGGUUAGCAGCUCGUGCUCUUGAUGUUUAUUUGAAAGAAGGUGGAAGCAUAUCUUUCUCUGAUGAUCCAAGAUUGCAUGACUCAAGUGGAAGCACACUUCACUUAUCAUCCCUCCGUAUUUUUGAUGGAGGCCAACAACUUCUCCAGACAAUUUUAAGGAUGAACUUUACAGGUGUAAGUGGUCAGAUUCAGUUUGAUCCAGAUAAAAAUCUAGUUCAUCCAGCGUAUGAUGUUCUAAACAUUGGUGGGUCUGGGUCUCGUAGGAUUGGCUAUUGGUCAAAUCAUUCUCAUCUCUCAAUUGAUUCUCCUGAAAUCUUAUAUACUAGGCCUCCCAAUACUUCAACCAUUAAUCAAAAACUGUACAGUGUAAUAUGGCCUGGCGAAACUACAGCAAUUCCCCGGGGAUGGGUAUUCCCAAACAAUGGUAGGCCACUGCGAAUAGCAGUGCCAAACCGAGUAAUUUACAAAGAAUUCGUGGCCAAAGACAAUGGCCCUCCUGGGGCUAGAGGUUACUGUAUUGAUGUCUUUGAAGCUGCCAUAAAUUUGUUGCCGUAUCCCGUUCCACACACGUAUAUGUUAUAUGGAGAUGGCAAGAGAAAUCCUGUUUACAACAAUCUUGUGGACGCAGUUUCAGCAAAUAAGUUUGAUGCUGCUGUCGGGGACAUUACAAUUGUUACAAAUAGGACGAAGAUUGUGGAUUUCACACAGCCUUACAUGGAAUCAGGACUUGUUGUUGUUGCUCCUGUCAAAGAGUUAAAGUCAAGUCCUUGGUCUUUCCUCAAGCCAUUCACAGCUAAAAUGUGGUGUGUCACCGGCAUAUUCUUUAUUUUUGUUGGAGCUGUUGUUUGGAUUCUUGAGCAUCGGAUUAAUCACGAGUUCCGUGGUCCACCAAGCCAACAAAUAAUGACAAUUUUUUGGUUCAGUUUCUCCACAAUGUUUUUCUCACACAGAGAGAACACUGUGGGCACGCUUGGUCGAAUGGUUCUUAUUAUAUGGCUCUUCGUAGUGUUAAUUAUAAAUUCAAGCUACACGGCUAGUUUGACGUCGAUCCUCACAGUGCAGCAGCUGACAUCACGGAUAGAAGGAAUUGACACUUUGAUAUCAAGUAGCGAACCAAUCGGAGUUCAAGAUGGGUCAUUUUCAUGGAAUUAUUUGAUUGAGGAGCUCAACAUUGCAGAAUCUAGGCUCGUGAAGUUGAAAAACCUGGAUGAAUAUUACAGUGCCCUUAAGAAGGGACCAAGAGGUGGUGGAGUAGCUGCCAUUGUUGAUGAACUUCCUUACAUUGAACUCUUCUUGUCCAGUACCAAUUGCGAAUUCAGGACUGUGGGGACAGAGUUUACAAAAAGCGGAUGGGGAUUUGCUUUCCAAAGGGACUCUCCGCUUGCAGUCGACUUGUCGACGGCCAUUCUUCGGCUCUCAGAGAGUGGUGAUCUCCAAAAACUUCAUAACAAAUGGCUGACACGGAACGAGUGCACCAUGCAAAUUAAUCAAGUUGAUUCAACCCAACUAUCUAUGAGUAGCUUCUGGGGCCUGUUCCUUAUCUGUGGAAUUGCAUGCUUUGUUGCUCUUAUUCUGUUCUUCUGUAGGAUCUUAUGCCAAUACAGCAAGUUUAGCCCAAAGGCUGAGGAAGGCGAUAUUGUGGACAUUGAACCUGCAACUGCAAGGCCUAGACGCACAAUCCAAACUCCUAGCUUCAAAGACUUGAUUGAUUUUGUAGAUAGGAAAGAAGAUGAGAUCAAGGAGAUUCUUCGGCAGAAGCGUAGUGACAGAAAACGACCAGCUAGCCAUAGCUCAGAUGAGGAAUAAGGAAUAAGGACAAGUUUUCCUUUUGGCUGCUGAAUACUCUAAUGCUUCCCUUUGGCAAUACAUGAUUUUCAUCUAUACAACAUAUUUACUUCUUUCCCGUAUGUAAAAGCUUUGAGAGAGAGAAUUUGAGCAUGUUUUAGAGUGUUUUUCUUGAUGCUAUACAAAUGGAUACCCUUUUCUCUCAAUGCUCAAAGAUGGCCUUGAGCAGUUUAUGCCAUGUUUUGGAGUACUCCAUGGUAUUUAAAC